UUUUUUUACCACCGUCCACCUCCACUCUUUCGCGCUCCCGCCCAGACCGCUCCAACCAACCUACCCAUCCCUUCGACACUCCAGCUCCCUUGCUCGGAAGCCAUUCAAAAUGAUCAUCUACAAGGACAUCAUUACCGGCGAUGAGCUGAUCUCCGACUCCUACAACCUCAAGGAGAUCGACGGUGUGGUCUACGAGGCUGACUGCACCAAGAUCUCCGUCGGCGGGGAGGCCUUUGACGUCGGCGGGAAUCCCUCGGCCGAAGAGGGGGAUGAGGGUACCGACGAUGCCGCGCAGACUGUCAUUGACGUCGUGCACUCCUUCCGAUUGACGGCGACCAGCUUUGGCAAGAAGGACUACCUCCAACAUCUCAAGGGCUACAUGAAGGCCGUCAAGUCGAAGAUGCAGGAGCGCGGCGCCAGCGAGGACGAGGUCAAGACCUUUGAGAAGGGCGCUCAGACCGUGGCCAAGAAGAUUCAGAGCAAUUUCGGCGACUACGAGUUCUUCAUCGGCGAGUCCAUGGACCCCGACGGAAUGGUUGUCCUCAUGAACUACCGCGAGGAUGGCAUGACCCCAUUCGUUACGAUCUGGAAGCACGGUCUCAAGGAGGAGAAGGUGUAGAGGUGGACCGGGGCCCAUUGAGCAUGAUACAUGGCGUCCAUGAAGCAGCAGCAGCUUUGUUCUGCUUCGUCUCCGAAAAGAGCGGCUCAACAAAUUUACUCUGCUUUGUUUACCAAAUCCAAUUGAGAGAUGAUUUGAUGGCUUUGUGCAUCCAUGAGACAUGACAACUCUGCCCUCAUCCGAUCGGUUUCUCGCCUCUCAUACCGGAUGCCUGCAGGCUGUCGCGUCAGUGACACGCUUGUGCGCCUCAUGCAAGCACUCUCCACGUCAAUGCGCCAAUCAUCACGUGUGGAAGAGUCUCGACUUCAGGCAACACUCGUGCUGGCGCUGCUCGAUGCGGCAAGUGAACGCCCGUGGCGCGGCCCGGCUCACUGCCUUCCCCGUGCCGACCCCAAGCUUUCACUAGCCUCGUCUUGUGCUUCACUCCUGAGGCACACAUAUAUCAAACACCUCCUCCAGAAGUGAAGACUCCCAUUCACUUCCCACUCCGUGAAGC